UCUAAACCCACACUCUUCAUCCUCCUCUCUGUUUCUCCUCUCUCCUCUCCCAUGGCGGCUUCCAAAUCCCUUCUCCUCUUCCUCGCCUUCGCCACCGCAGCCGCCAUCGUCUCCGCCCACAAUAUCACCGACAUGCUCAAAGACUACCCUGAGUAUAGUGAUUUCAGCAACUACUUGCAGCAAACCAGACUCGCCGACGAAAUCAACAGCCGUCAGACCAUCACCGUCCUUGUCGUCUCCAAUGGCGCUCUCUCCCCCGUCGUCGCCAAACAUCCUCUCUCCGUUAUCAAAAACCUCCUCAGUCUCCACAUCGUCUUGGACUACUACGAUCCGGCGAAACUCCACAAGAUCUCCAACGGAACCACUCUCUCCACUACGCUUUACCAGACCACCGGCCAUGCGCCUGGAAAUCUAGGUUUCGUCAACAUUACCGAUCUCCAGGGCGGUAAGGUCGCAUUCGGCUCUGCCGCGCCUGGAUCUAAACUCGAAUCCAGCUACACGAAGUCAGUUGUGAGUAUUCCGUACAACAUUUCGGUUAUUGAGAUCAGUGCGCCGAUUGUAGCGUCGGGGAUUUUGACGGCACCGGCUCCGUCGGCUUCCGAUGUUAACAUUACGGCUGCUCUUGAGAAAGCUGGAUGUAAGACGUUUGCGUCGCUGAUUGUUUCUAAUGGUGUGAUUAAGACCUAUGAAUCGGCGGUCGAGAAAGGAUUGACUAUAUUUGCGCCGAACGACGAAGCGUUUAAAGCCGAUGGAGUUCCAGAUCUGAGUAAACUUACUAAUGCUGAAGUUGUUUCGCUUCUUCUAUACCAUGCUCUGCCCGGUUACACUCCGAUCGGAGCUUUGAAGACGACUAAGGAUCCGAUCGACACUCUGGCUACUGGCAGCGCCGGAAAGUUCGACAUUACCACGACUACGGCCGGAGAUGCGGUUACUCUACACACCGGAAUCGGACCCUCCAGAAUCGCCGAUACAGUCCUCGACGCGACUCCUCUCGCUAUUUUCAGCGUCGAUAGUCUGUUGCUCCCUUCGGAGUUGUUUGGAAAGUCUCCUUCUCCGGCACCAGCACCAGAGCCUGUGAGUUCGCCUUCACCGACACCGUCUCUGGCUCCGAGUCCAAGCCCUAGCGCGAAGGCUCCAUCUCCGUUCGCCGCGUCACCACCUGCUCCUCCGUCCGAAACACCGGAAGGUUCGCCGGCCAAUGCACCCACCGCCGAGGCACAAACCAGUACUCCGGGAAGCUCAGCCGUCCACGUGAAAGGUUCCGUUAUCGUCGUUGUCGCCGCCAUUGCUACCACUAUGAUUUCCUCUCUUUUCUUGUACUAAAUCGUCAUUUUACUCUAUCAGCAGUCUCUUCUUUUUAGUUUAUUUUUAAUUUUUUGGUACUUUUUUUUUUAUAUAAUUUAAUUUUGAAUUUAUUAGUAUUUUCUGGAUA